AUGAAGGUGAUCGGAAUCGCUGCGGCUCUGGCCUUGCCCGCUCUUGUCCUCGCUGGACUCGAAGACGCCAAGUACUCGGUCAGUCGUCGUCCCCUCGCCCCCGGCUGGUUCGAGCUGUCGUCCAUGAACGUUUGAACGAGCACGGACCACCAUCUCGGAUUCGGAUUCGGACGGGACACCGACACUGACUCGCUUCCUCUCGCAACGGUGCCACUUGUCUAUCACAGACCGUGCUUGGCAGUGACAAUUUCAACAAGGUCAUCAACAGUUAGUCCAAGCACAGCGGCGUGCUCGCCUCGAUCAGUGUAGCCCGCUGCGACGAGUCCAAAUGGUGGCAAACCGACUGACGUGGCGCUCCGCUCUCCUUCCCGAUCCUCCCCCUCCCACCCCAUCCCUACCUUGCCCUGCGUGCUCACCCACAGGUCAAUCCGUCGGAACACUUGUUGCCUUCUUUGCUCCCUGGGUAGGCUCCCCGGAGGUGCCACACCUUGGUGGUCCGAUUGUGCCGACUGACCCCCUUCGACGCACAGUGCGGCCACUGCAAGUCCCUCGAAGGCACCUGGACCAAAGUUGCCCAGGCGUUCCAGGACGAUGACCGAUGCAAGGUCGCCCAUCUCGACGCCGACAACGCCAACAACCGACCCCUCGCCGAAAAGUAUGGCGUACAAGGUCAGCCCUUUGAAGUGUCUUCGAAGCCCCUCUGAGCCAGAACCCGCGCUGAACGCUGCAUGACUUUGACCAUCUCCAGGUUUCCCCACCAUCAAAUUCAUUCCCUCGGGAGGCGGAAAAGCCGUAGACUACCAGGGCGCUCGAUCCGAAGAGGCCUUCCUCGAGUUCUUGAACGAGAAGUGCGGCACCCACCGAUUGCCCGGUGGCGCUCUCUCGGACAUGGUCAGUCUGCGCACGCUGCUCCCUUCGCUCGGGACUGGCUCGCUAAUCUACCUCAUACUUCUCCCUCGACAGGCUGGUCGAAUCCCUUCGCUCGACAGCCUUGCGUCGUCCUACCUGUCCCCCACCGCUGAGCGACCCGAGAUCCUCUCCCAAGCCUCGUCAAUCGCCUCGUCCCUGACCGAUUCGUCGUCCGAGAACGCGGCCUACUACAUCAAGAUCAUGACCAAGUACGUGUCGUCCUCGGUCGAGGAGAUCGAGGCCUGGAUCAAGAAAGAGUCCGAGAGGUUGAGCAAGAUGCUCAGUCGCAAGGGCGCGAUCGCCGGAAAGAAGCUCGAUGAGCUACGUGCCAAGCAAAACAUCUUGGCGGCGUUCAAGUACGUCGAGGCCCAGGUCGAGAACGUCGUUGACCGUGUCAAGGGCGAGUUGUAA